UGCGGGAUCCAGACGGCCCAGCAGCUAGGACUCUGCCUGCCAAUGCUUUCUGCAUUCCUGGCUGCCAGCUGAAGGAGGCUGUCACCUUCCACCAUCCACAGAGCCUCAGGAAGAGAAAGGGACCUCAAACCAUCCAGAUCGCUUUUUCUUCUAGGAAAGUUUUGAGCACAGGAAUAAAGAUGGCUGUUGAACCAGUAGAAAAUGAUUGCAUCGAUUUUGUGAAAAUGAAAUUUAUUGACAACACACUUUACUUUAAAGCUGAAAGUGAUGAAAACCUGGAAUCAGAUUACUUCGGCAAGCUCGAACCUAGAUUGUCAAUCAUACGAAAUCUGAACAACCAAGUUCUCUUCGUUUACCAAGGAAAACAACCUAUGUUUGAAGAUAUGACUGAUUCUGAGUGUCGAGAUAAUGCAUCCCAGACUGAAAUUAUCAUAUAUAUAUAUAAAGAUAGCAACCCUAGAAGUAUGGCAGUAACCCUCUCAGUGAAGUGUAAAACAAUUUUUACUCUCUCCUGUAGGAACAAAAAUAUUUCCUUUCAGGAAAUGAGCCCUCCUGACAGCAUCAGCGGCGAAGAAAAUGAAAUGAUCUUCUUCAUGAGAAGCUUGCCGGGGUACAGCAGCAGGAUGGAAUUUGAGUCUUCGUUGUAUAAAGAGCAUUUUCUGGCUUGUAAGAAGGAGAACGAUCUCUUUAAACUCAUUUUGAAAAAGAAGGACGAACACGGGGAUCAAUCUGUAAUAUUCACCGUUGACUACAAGGACUAGGUAUUAAAAUGUCAUAGCUCGGACUUUGAGUUUUUGUCUUUCAGAAACGUUAUAAGUUUGAGUCUGUAAAUGUAGUGAUGAAAUAAAAUGAAUAGUAGUCUUGAAAGAUACCACUAAGAAAUUAAUAAGUUUUCACAAAGUUGAAAUGACUCCCCUUUAGGCAGAUGAAUAAAAUAUUUGUAUAACGUAAAGAAGGCAUCGUUUGAAAACACAGUCUACGUUGUUACUUGGAACACAGAUUAUACUCAACAGAAGUGUUUUGAAUCUUUUGGGUUAUGAUGAAAGAUACUGGUAUGUGAAUUUUCUCAUUGCUAAGAAUAUCAUUAAAACCGUUCGAAUUUUUUUUUUUUUAAA